AUGGCUGAAGAAAACAAUACCUUAAACACUGAGUUUAUCCUUGAUGGAUUUACAGAUCACCCAGAGAUGAAACCCUUUCUAUUUGUUAUAUUCUUAAUUGUUUAUCUGAUCACCAUGAUAGGAAAUCUUAGCCUUGUGGCAUUGAUUUUGAUGGAAAAUCGUCUUCACACUCCAAUGUAUAUCUUUCUGGGCAACCUUGCUAUUGUGGAUUCCUGCUGUUCCUGCGCCAUUACUCCAAAGAUGUUAGGAAACUUGUUUUCUGAGAACAGAAAGGUUUCUCUCUGUGAAUGUUUGACACAAUUUUAUUUUCUCUGUACAGUUGAAACUGCAGACUGCUUCCUCCUUGCAGCAAUGGCCUAUGAUCGGUAUGUGGCCAUAUGUAACCCACUGCAAUACCACACCAUGAUGUCAAAGAAACUCUGUGUUCAGAUGACCAUAGGGGCUUAUAUAGCUGGAAACAUGCAGUCCAUAAUUCAUGUAGGGCUUUUACUUAAGUUAACUUUCUGUGGAUCUAAUCACAUCAACCACUUUUUUUGUGAUAUUCUUCCUCUAUAUAGACUCUCCUGUGUUGAACCAUAUGUCAAUGAAUUGGUACUCUUUGUAGUUUCAGGUUCAAUUCAAGUUUUUACCAUAGGUAGUGUUGUUGUUUCAUAUCUAUACAUUCUUUUUACUAUUUCUAAAAUGAAAUCUAAGGAGGGAAGGAUCAAAGCCUUUUCUACCUGUGCAUCCCACUUUUUGUCAGUUUCCUUAUUCUAUGGAUCUAUUUUCUUCAUGUAUAUUAGACCAAAUUUGCUUGAGGAAGGGGACAAAGAUAUACCAGCUGCUAUUUUAUUUACAAUAGUAGUUCCAUUACUAAAUCCUUUUAUUUAUAGUCUGAGAAAUAAAGAAGUAAUAAAUGUGUUGCGAAAAAUUCUAAUGAAAAACACAACUCAAAUAAGUUUUAAACAAAGGACAUCUACUAUGGCUUAA